AUGUCAUGUGUCGGUGAAUUACGACGAAGACACUCUUCUGCAAAUACAAGUUCUAGAAACAACGAAGAAAAAGUUUUUCCUCGUUAUCUUCGAGCUUCGAGCGGAUCAUGUCACGAUUUUUGCAAAUAUGGGAAGCAACUUGCACUUGAACCAAAGAAAAUGAGUUUGAUACCUAGAAUAGCUGAAAGGACACAACUUCACCGAAGUUUAGAAAAGAACAUUGGUGAAGAAGUAGUCGAAGUAACACCAGAUGUCAAGCGUAGAGCAUCAACUGAUUCUGAACCAACAAAGAUGUCGUUGGUCAAACACAGAGAAUCAACAUAUCCUAAUGCCUCUGACACAAUCAAGAUAGCUAAAAUUGAACCAGACCGGCCAAUUCAACAUGACAAUGAAAUUUCAUGGUCUAAGAUGGACAUUACACCAAAACCAAUUUCCAAGAGGGUGGGAGCUUCAUCAAUAUCAUCUUCCAAGAAGGAGGAACCUUUAUCGAAAUCAAUCUUUCAAAAGGCAAAAGUUCGUCCAAUAUCAACUUCUUAUUUGGCCAAAACUCCAUCGAAAUCAACUAUCAAGAAGAUGGGAAAUAUAGUUUCACAUUUGUUGCCUUCUUCCUCGUCCGAAUCUUCACGCAGAAGAGUUGUUGGUACUACUAUGCACAAGGGCCUGAAAACCGCGUCCCGUGUUAAGAAUCAACCAAAGCCUAGAAAAGUUGAACCUGAGGAACACUGCAUUGAGGCUGAGGUUGAAGAAAAGACUUUGUAUGUCAUCGAGAUAGAAAAUGAAGAUAAUACGUUUCAAUCGGAUCAAAAUGCAAACAAGGAUAUUGAACUUUCUCGCUCUCAAUCAUUUUCAUCAUCCAAGUUUUCAUCACAAGAAGAAGAUCAAGAGGAAUCUGGAUAUGCAACAAGUGAAUUCGAGGAGGAUUCUUGUUUCGCAAGCAACGGAGAAGUAAACAAGGAAAGUUUGGAGACUUUGGACUUGAAAUUUGAGGAGAAUGAGAAACCGCAAAAGGACGAGACUGUGAUUUGGGUUGAAACUCAAAUUGAGGAAAGUGGAAAGAAGAAGCUUAAGUUCAAAAGAGGCAAAGUGUUGAGGGAGAAUGAUGCAGAUUCUGACGAAAGCGAUGAUGAUAUGUCUGGUUGCGAGAAAGUUGUUUUGAAACAUCAAGAUGUGAAGGGGAAGAAAGGUGAGCAAGGAUUGUUGAAUAAUGUGAUUGAGGAAGCAGCAAGUAAAAUGGUUGAAAUUCAAAUGAGUAAGGUGAAGGCUUUGGUUGGUGCAUUUGAGAAUUUGAUCUUUCUCAAUGAGAAAAGGCCCUAAGCAAGCACUAGUGCUUGUUUAGAUUG